AUGACGGAAAUGUACUCGGGGCUCCACGUGGGCCAGCGAUUUACCUCUCUGGAGGAGUUUAAGACGGUCAUACGAAGUAUAUCGGUCAGACAACACUGGGAGCUUCGAGUGAUUCGAAGCAAUAAGAAAAGCGUGGUUAUUGGGUGCCGUUCUGGGGCCAAUUGCUUCUUUCGCGUGGUCUGUCGGUCGAACAAGAACGCGACCUACAUCACCAGCCUCCAAGACGACCAUAGUUGCCGACGGGGUGAAGCGACUGCAGGCAUGACCCCUGCACGCUCCGAAGCCUCCCAUGUGCGGUUCUUGCUCAGUGAGAUACCCAAGCUAUUCGAUAUGAACUCAAGGAUCAAAGGCCAGGAGGUCGUCGACGCUGUCAAGCGUUACCACGGAUAUGACAUCUCUAUGAGACAAGCGCAGCGCGCAUUGACAAAAUUGCAGCCACGACAAGCAGAUAGCCAAGGCGAGCAGUCAUUAGAUCUUGAUAUGAGCACCGUCGAUCAACACUCACCUGCUCACUCUCAGCCUGAAUCGCAAACAAGUGCAGGGCCAGCAUAUAGGGAUAUAUCCGAGAGUCGCUGGAUGCAAGAGCCGCUGCAACCGUCUUUAAUUGACGAUGCUUCAGUGGAUACAACCGAGUCCCCAACCACUCAUUCUACCGCGCCAGGACCCGUCCAAUCCCUACGGCCAUCUCACAUACCACAAACGCCUCUUAUUCGAACCCAGGGUCAGUCUCUUCUAGGUAAUCCACGCCCUAUGGCGAUAUCCCAGCCAGGUGUUGGAUAUUCAGCAGGCCCUUCUCUACCAACCGCAGCUUCAGGGCACCCUAAACCCUCAGACUAUACGCAACGUAGCGACCAUGGUGUCCCUCAAAUGGUGCUCACAAACUUCAAGAUUGAAUUUACUUGCACGACGUGUGGCUCUCUGAAUCAGAGCUUUAUCCCCAACCAGGGAAACGUCACGGGAGCUGGCUACAUGCCUCACACCUCAGUGCAAAACCAGAGCGCUGUCACGCGACAGCCAGGUCCCGCCCCCCCAGAAUGGACCGCAAACUGGUAG